CCCCUAGCACCCCUCUAACUAAACGCAAGCGAUAUGAUGUUGUGACCGGCUGCUAGAACGCCUAGAAUUUGCAUUUUACUUAGAGUUUGUUAAAUUCGCGAUGGAGUCAAGCAUUUCAACCGUGUUCAAGUGCUCACAGUGCGGGAAAGCUUACAAACAGGAGACGUGGUAUAAGAAACAUAUCUUGUCUCACAAUGUUCAUUGUUUUCCAGGUACACCGCAGGAUCAAGGUACCAAAUCUGACUCCAUGAAAAAACAAAGACCUGAAGAAAAUCUGAACAAAACAAUGGAUGUAGUUGAUGUAGUUGAUGUUGCUGUAGAAAAGGCCCUUUUAAAGCAGCUCAAGAAGGUCAAUAUCACUGAAGUGUAUGGUCGCACAGUGUCUAAAAGGAGGACUAAAUUUUCACUGUCCUAUGACAUUCCACCUCCCAACUACCUUUCUGGAAGGAAGGGAACAGCAGCUCAGAGGGAGCACUUUGCAGCUUUCCUGAAUCAAAUAACCUUCAAAACUAUGGGUAUGAAUUUCAGGGUGAAAUUUAUUCGUCAGUUAACAACAUUCGGUACAGAUGAAAACACGCAUAAGUGUUCAAAAGACAUAUUUUAUCUUGUGAGCAUCACAAGUGUUUGAUUACUGUUCUAAGUUAAUUGCAACCAAUCUACUCUACACUGUUAUCUGUGCAUUUGAUCUGGUCAUUUAUCCAGUUUUUUCUAGGAAAAUGUUAUUUGUGACUUUUUUAUUCUCAGCAGUUUAAUUUCAGACAUCAUUUACUGUCUUUUUUUGUGUGUUUAGUUCUACUUAAAGAAUUACCUCAUAUUAAAAAAAUCAAAAUUU